GCUUAGAUCUAAUCCAAAAAUGGCGACGGCGUUGAAGAAGAACAGGAAGAAGAGAGGCCACGUCAGCGCCGGGCACGGGCGUAUCGGGAAGCACCGCAAGCAUCCGGGAGGUCGCGGAAACGCGGGAGGAAUGCACCACCACCGCAUCCUCUUCGACAAGUACCAUCCAGGAUACUUCGGGAAAGUCGGGAUGAGGUACUUCCACAAGCUCCGCAACAAGUUCUACUGCCCGAUCGUCAACCUCGACAGGCUCUGGUCGCUGGUCCCCGAGGACGUGAAGGCGAAGGCGGGGAAGGAUAGUAAGGUGCCGAUGAUCGACGUGACGCAGCACGGGUUCUUUAAGGUUCUGGGGAAAGGGCAUUUGCCGGAGAACAGGCCGUUUGUGGUGAAGGCGAAGCUUAUUUCGAAGACUGCUGAGAAGAAGAUUAAGGAGGCUGGUGGUGCCGUCGUGCUUACUGCCUAGGUUAUAGGUUGAGUUUUCGUUCUCUGUGUUUUUUUAAUUAUUGUCUUCUCUCUGUUUUUUAUAUCGUUGUUGUUGAACUCAAAGUUUGUUGCGUUUUGAAUGAGAAAUCUUUUCUGGAUUAUACAAUUAUUA